AUGUUCUCCAAAGUUAUUCUUAUCGUCGUAUUGAUCUCAGUAUUCUUGCCAUUCAUUGUGUCAUCUCCUGGCUAUAAAUGCGGGAGGAAGUUGAUCGAUUUAAUCUUUAGAGUAUGUCACGAGACUUGCUCUAAUGGAGCUGAUAUCACUCAGUUAUGCUAUGCGGGUCGUAAAAUAGAUAAUCUCCAAGUCAUUCAACUUUGUUGUCCCCAACAGAUCUCCCCCUAA